UCUGGAGCAGCAGCAGCAGCGGCAACAGCAGCAGCAGCAGCAGCAGUGGAGCUUCACUGCCUCUCCUCGCCUUCACAGUGCGGGAAUACAGCAGCGGAGAGCGGAAUGGACACGGAAGGGAGCCAGAGCAGCCUGUCCUCCGGCACGGACAACUCCCCCCACGACCCCUGCAAAAUGUUCAUCGGCGGUCUGAGUUGGCAGACAACACAAGAGGGCUUAAAGGAGUACUUCUGUAAAUUCGGCGAGGUGAAGGAGUGCAUGGUGAUGCGAGAUCCCGUUACCAAGCGGUCGAGGGGCUUUGGGUUUGUAACGUACGCAGAACAGGCUGGUGUGGAACAGGUUUUGGCGCAAAACAGACACGAGUUGGACUCAAAAACGAUUGACCCAAAAGUGGCGUUUCCACGCCGGGCCCAGCCUAAGUUGGUGACCAGGACAAAGAAGAUCUUUGUCGGCGGGCUGUCAGUCAAUACCACCAUUGAAGAUGUGAAGCAAUACUUUGACCAGUUUGGAAAGGUCGACGACGCCAUGCUCAUGUUCGACAAAACGACCAACAGACACAGAGGUUUCGGCUUUGUUACCUUUGAAAACGAGGACGUGGUGGAGAAAGUGUGCGAGAUCCACUUCCACGAGAUCAACAGCAAAAUGGUGGAAUGUAAGAAAGCGCAGCCCAAGGAGGUGAUGACGCCGACAGGCUCGGCCAGAGGCCGCUCCAGAGUGAUGCCUUAUGGGAUGGAUGCCUUCAUGCUGGGCAUUGGCAUGCUGGGCUACCCAGGUUUUCAGACUACUACCUACACCAGCCGCAGUUACUCUGGGAUCGCGCCUGGAUACACUUAUCAAUUCCCAGAAUUCCAUUUAGAGAGGACCCCCCUCUUGGCAUCAACCCACCCCCCUGAGCUGGCAGCCAUUCCCCUGACUGCGUAUGGACCAAUGGCGGCAGCUGCAGCUGCAGCAGUAGUUAGAGGCUCCACCCCUUCACGCACAGCUGGUUUCCUGGGCACCAGCAGCCCUGGACCAAUGGCUGAUCUGUAUGCUGCAGCCAAUCAGGACUCAGGUGUCGGCAGCUACAUCAGCGCCGCUAGCCCCGCCCCCAGCACAGGGUUCAGCCACGGUCUAGGGCCUCUGUGUGUGUGUGUGUCUCCUCAGGGCCCUCUGAUUGCUACUGCGUUCACUAAUGGCUACCACUGAGAAGACUCAAGUCACUGAAGAUGGGAGGGGCUUCUCUUCUGCUGAUGAGCCAAUCACAAUACUGGCUGCCCACUGAUGGCACAACCCGAUUGGCUGGCCACACGCUCUCACUGGGCUCCCUGUGGCUCCACCCACCGACUGAAUAUCUUUUUAAAUCCUGAACUCUUGUUUUGCUGUACUAAUCUCACUUCAACAUAACGUCCCCAUCUCUCUCUAUCUCUCUCUCUCCUCCUUUGUCCUCAUAUAGUCGAACAACUAGACUCCACCCACUGUUAUCCAUUUAUUUUGAAGCUGAGAAAAGAAAAGAAAAAUCUCUGAGGAAACAUUUGUCGUCUUUGACAAAUACACAGAGGACUAUUGAGUUUUUAUCUUUAUUAUUAUUAUUAUUGUUAUUAUUAUUGUUGUUGUUGUUGUUGUUAUUAUUAUUGUUAUUUUAUUUCAAUGUUAUUGUCAAUGUCAUUUCAUCAUGAAAUCAUUGAAAGCUGUUACUGAAGUGGCUCGAGGGAGGGAGGGGGCAAAAAAACAAAAAGUCUGUCUGGAAAAACAUUUUUAACAACGAAGAACAAAUUCAACCGUCGUUUUUUUGUUUGUUUUUAACGCAAGCUUCACACAAACAUGGAAAAAAAAACAACUAAAAUGUAUAUUUUGGUAGUCUUUAAAAACAAAACCUUUGUAAUAUUGUUAUUAAUAAUGACAUAAUAAUGAUAAUCUGUAAGGUAUUUUAUUCUGUAAUUGGUUUUAAAGCAAUGUUUUUAUGUCUUCCUGUAAGAUAUUGUACAUAGACGUUGGGGGUGGGGGUGUAGGGGUUACUGAACCGGCUGGCAUGCCAUUGGUUGGUUUGGAAAGGGUUUAUUACGUGCAGGAUGUCAUCUACUACUUUGUGUGGUCAUCUCACUACUUUUAUCAGUAUGCAUAAUGGUAUAUGUGUACGUCGUUGGCCAGUCCGCUCCAGCGUCGUCUGAGAGACUAAAACUGUCGACAGCUUCCAGGAGUUCGCCUGCCUGCCAUGUUUGCUCAGUUAAAAAAAGGAAAAAAAAAAUGCUUUUGUUAUGACGUCAUCACUUUGUUUGCUUUACUUCUUUAUUUCUUUUUUGUUUUUUGUUUUUUCAAAAAAAAAAGAAGCAUCAUUGACUUUUAAGUUGAAACACCCAGAUUUCUUGUAUCUUCACCUUGAUUACAGAUGAUGAUGAUGAUGAUGAUGGAGGAACCAUGACCUUAAACAGGAGAAAUCAGGGGUUUACUGGGGGGGGGAGGGUUGCGGUCAGGGGUUGACUUGACUUCCUCUUUUUUGAAAAUAUUAUAUAUUUUUUUGUGCGAUUCACUUCUUAAUGUUUUUGUUUUGUUUUUUUUUGUUUUGUUUUUUUUCUAAUGAAAACAAAUGAAGGACAUUCUCAGAGAAGCAAUUGUAGAAAACAUCACGGUCAUGUUCUGUCCUCGUUUCACUAUUGAAGGUGCAUGUGGUUGCGUCUGAGUGUGUGUGAGUAAGUGAGUGUUGUGCGCAAACAUCAAAGGUGUAAUAUGGAACUACUUUUUGGCAACGAUUUGAGCAUUUCGAUUGCCUUUGUUUUUGGUACUGAAAAAAAAAAAAAUCGCCCUGUUCCAUUUUGGCUCAUCUGCUCCUCUCCCCUGCCUCUCUCUCCCAAUGUUUUUGUUUUAGUUUUGAUAAAAUUGUGGUCCUCUGGAACUGACAUAUUGUUCAUAUACAGUUGCUGCUCCAUGUGGUGGUGAAAAGAGGGGGUCUGGGCAGGGAACCACAAAUCGAACAGGGUCUCGCUCCCAGUCGGCUCUGACACAGGACUGACUUCAGUACAGACGACACUGGCUGGCAGGAAGAGCCCCCCCCCCAAAAAAAAAACAAAAACCUAAACAAAACAAAUAAACAAACAAACAAAAAAUGAAUGAAACAUUUGCAAAAACAAGCAGCUUCUUUGUUGGGACUUUUCCCCACAUUGGAAAACUUCCUGAUCAGCCAGUGGUUCCUCUGUCAGACCUCCUGGGACACGACAUAAAACUACUGCUGGACACCAACACUGUAACUUUUUAACUUACAAUAAAGCAAUAAGUUAUUUUUUACCUUACAAAUGAAAAUAGUACUAUUAUUGGUAAUAGCAGACGACGUGUGGAUAAUUCUGCGGCAUUAAGACUUAUUUUCAGAAAAAAAAAGAAACUAUAUUUUUCUGUUUUAAGAUCUUGUUCCCCUUGUAUAUUGAUUUUAAUGAUGUCUUUUAUCUUGUGUUGAUGUAAGUAAAAGGGCCAAUGCUUUGAAUGAAGCUUGUUGCUCGACGUGAGCUCAGUUAAAGUUGAAGAUUGGGGCUGUCCUCUGCCAAGCUUUACAGCAAUGCUUUUCUUUUCUCCUGUUUUUUUUUGUUUUUUUUUCUGACAGUUUCAAUUUUAAAAUCCUAAUAAAUUAUUCUAAAGCA